CGGUAGCGUAGUGGAGGCGGUUUAUUGCCAAAUAAACGAUUACAGUGAUUUACAGAUAGCAGGAGACCGAGUCAGUCUGAAAGAUGACUAAUCGGCUUGAAAACAACUACUCAUACUGACGUUUUCUGUUUUUGUUCUGCUGAAUAGCCUUUAUCUGAGCUCUACAGUGAUUCGCUUGGUCUACCGUUAAUAAAGUCUGAGGAAGUAAACUGAGGAAACGCUAAUGAGGAAAUUCUUCAACAAAGAUAUUCUGAGAACAGUUUUUAAAAUCUACAUAAAGGUAAACUGAUCUCAGGCGUGAAGGUUUCUGUUAGGCUACUACAAAUGCACGGAUAUUUAAUCGAGUCAGUUUCUGAUUGGUUGUCUGAUGCAACAUCUCGCUGAAACAUUUUAGCAACCACGUUGUUUACUGUACACCUUUAGCAGCUUAAUUCGGGGUUAAAUUAUGACCAAAGGUUAAAAGCUGCGCGAAUGUAAUCUGGGAUUUAAAAAGAAGUUAUCACAGGGUUAUACGUGUGCUUAGCCUACUAUCAAAAGCUCUUCUUUAAAUAGUUUAAUGCAAGGAUGAAGUGAUACCUGCAUCACCUGAGCGCUGGGUACACAGUGUACGUCACGCAUGAGGGGCGGGGCCUACGAGAGCUCCCAAACAGUUACACUCGGGAGCCAGAGCGACACGGCAAACAUCAAGCGGGCUCCAGCGAACGAAGCACAACUUUUCGUCCCGGUUAACCUGGAGUUUAACUGAGGAUGUCUUUGGGUGACCAGCAGUGGUAUCCCACCAGCGUUCAGGUAACGGUGCUUAAAGCACGAAACCUGCGGAUCAAGGGCAAGAAUGGCACGAACGACGCCUAUGCCAUCAUGCAGGUGGCCAAAGACAAGUUUUCCACCUCCGUCGCGGAGAAAUGCAUCUCGCCCGAAUGGAAGGAGGAGGCGACCUUCGAUCUGCCGCUGAUCCAUCAGGGGGACGCGGAGCGGUGCACGCUCUACAUCAUCGCCAUGCACCGAGCCCUGGUGGGGCUGGACAAGUUUUUGGGACAGGCUGUCAUCAACUUACUGGACCUCCACGCCAACAGAUCACGCAAAAAGUCUGACUGGUACAAACUGGUGGAUAAGAAUGGGAAACAGGAGAAGGACCGAGGGGACGUUCUUUUGGACAUUCAGUUCAUGCGGAAUAACUUGACAGCCAGCAUGUUUGACCUCUCCAUGACAGACAAGCCUCGCUCCGGCAUCGGUAAGCUCAAGGAUAAAAUUCGUGGUAAGAAGAAAGAUGGCCUGUCGGAUUCUGCCUCUGCGAUCGUGCCCUCUUCAGUGGGAACAGACAGUGAAGGGGAAGGAGAAGGCAGUUCGGACAAUCCUAAGAAGAAAUCAAAACUCAAAUCCUUGUUUGGACCAAAGACAAACCUCCAAAGGAAUGUGUCCCAGUCCAUGUCAACCCUGGGCACCCUGCCUGAGAAGAACAGUUUACUCAGCAGCAGCAGAUCGUCCGGCCUUAAUGUGGACUCUCCUGAUGUGAAAAAGAAGUUUAAAAUACUCGGACACAAGCGUACUGAGAGCUCAGAUAGCAAAGUGUCUCUUGGCCCCUUUUCUCUUCUGAGCCGCUCUAAACAAAACAUCCAGGAGCAGAAUAACCUCUGUAUCAACGGCAGCCACGUUUAUGCAGAGGAACAAGAACCUAAAGCUAAUUUUGGCUCCACACUUAGUCUGAACAGCUCAGGAAAGGGUUCGGUAGAGGAUGUUCGCAAAUACCACCAACGAAAUACUUCUGACAUGUCCAUCGACUCACUUAAAGGCUUAAGUAUCCCCUCAUAUAAGCCUGAAGUUCAAGACAAAGCCUCUCUUGUCCCACAGCGCCCUCUAGAGGAUAGGAGUCAUAUAGAGGUGGAGGAGAAAGGUAGGAAACCCGAAGGAAGAAACCUGCAAGAGAUGCUGGACCAACAGGUAGAGCAAGAGCAGAGGAGGCAGCAAGAACGAGAGAGAAAACAAGAGGAAGAGAGGAAAAGCAGGCUUGAAGAGCAGGAGAGGAAGCGCAAGGUAGAGGAAGAGGUGCAUCAAGCUGAGGAGCAGCGGCACCAGGAGGAGUCCAGAGUAACCGAACGGCUCUCCUCUCUCUUUGGCAUUGGAAAGAAGAAGGAGGAGAAGAGAGAGCAAGCUAUGAAUGAACCCAAACGUCUAGAUGUGCUGUCCUCCACAAACCCGUUUGAAGACAUUCCCCUCACCCCGGAUACUCCAUCCUCUAUCCCAGAAGAGAGGUCCACGGACCCACGGAGGGGCGUCAGGACCGUCCUCACCCCGACGCCACCCGCCAGUGCUUUCCCCAGUCGCACAGCAAAAGUGUCCACGGUCAAACCAAGGCCUCACCCAGUGAAACCAAUGAGCACCGAGAGCCAGUCUUCCAGUGUUAUCACUGUGGGGAAAGACCCGAAGACUAUCACCAUCAAGGAAAUGGCUGAGAAGUCAAAGAAUAUAGAUCGCGGUGCAUACACUCAGCUCUCACAGGAGGAACUGAUCACACUGGUGGUAAAGCAACAGACCGAACUCUCCAAGAAAGACGCCAAGAUCGGCGAGUUGGAGGACUACAUUGAUAACCUGCUCGUUCGUGUCAUGGAGGAGAAACCGGCCAUCCUGCUUUCACUUAAUUCCAAAUGUUAGGGUUUGAUGCUAUCAUUCGAUGUAACCGUGCCCAGAUCACAACACUGAGACACUUUAAUAUUGUGGGAUUUUGGUGAUACAGCCAGAAGGAUUUCGAACGCAAUAUCACAUCUCAUAAUCAGUUUAUUUGCUUGAGUAUUUAACGCAUGUAGAGUUGCUGGCAUAUGCGCAUUCUGAUUUCUCCACCAAUAUCUUACAAAUAACUUUUUUUUGCAGUGUGGAUAUGUAUAGUAUAGCAAAUCCAGCAGGAAUAUGCCAGAUUUCUGCAGUCUGUCAGAUCACCCAUUAAUAACUGGAUGCUGGGCUUCUUCCUGAAGUGAUUUAGAACUUGACUACUGCCUUGAGUCUUGAUCAGAACGCUUCGUUAGUGUUGAUGCGGCCUUAUGUCUGUUGGGUCUAAAAUUAAGGUAAUAAUCCUCUGGCUUUUUAGCACUUUUUACUUGAACGGGGUGUUUAAUUUAUGAAGGAUAGGGUUUUUACAUUAAGUAAUUCUCUGAAAUACCCCGUAGAAUUACCUCUGUAGAAAAGCCUUAAUGAAGAAUUAUUUUUCUGCCUGUAUGUACCCUUCUGCACAUUAAAAACUUCUGUUCUAACACUUCUUCUGAUGUUCUAACACUGGAUAUAUAAUUCAGUUUUAUUGCCCUGGUCAAUAUUGACUACAUAUUUACAUUUUUUUCAGUUGAACUGGCAGUCAGCUGUUGAAUCAGCCAAAAUCUGCAUGUUUUAUGCUACAUGUCAAACUGCAUGUUUGUAGCGAUUUUGACCAGGGAUUAUUAAGCAUUUCUUGAAGACGGUCUUAAGAAAGCUUGAUAUCAACCUCUUGAGCACAAUGUACAUACUGUGGCAUUCUGCAGUUCUGUAAUGAAUAAGCAAUAACUGUCUGCAGGAUUUUAUUUCCCGAAUUUCAGGUAAUGCGAUACGUAUCAUGUAGCCUGUAGACGUCACUGUCUGCACAGUGUUGUGAAACCAAAGAUCUGUGAUGUAAAUCUGAAGUCUUACCCUACAGUACUCGAAUUCUGCUUCCCACUCCCUUUUCCAUUUUUCUACUUCUUAUGUUUUUAAUCAGUUAGUAAGUUUUUUCUUACUUUUAACCUAUCUUGUGGGGAGAGAACUGUCCCUCUGACAAGGAUGGAGAAAAUAACUGUCUUGUAUUUAUUUGUUUGUGGUUAAUCUUAAGUUGAUUCAGUUGUCAGUCUCAGUUUUCUGUGUUGCAGUUAUAUAUUCAGUCAUGAGAACCUUCAUAAGUGAGAGCAUCUGCUGUGUUCAUUCAAAUGUUGUCAAUCAGUUUGAGUGAGUUCACUAAACUAUUCACAGCAUUUUCACUGUUACCAGAUUUUGUACGCUCCAAUCCUUUGUCUGAAUUUGAAUGAGAAGCCUUAUUAAUAAUUGCUGAUGCUAUGCAUAUAUGCACAAGAUCUAUUUUCAAGACCUGUGCCUUCUCUUUUUAUUCAAGGUUCUAUGUCUUUAAGACAUGAAUAUAUUGGUUUGUUCCUUUACUUCAAUACUUGCAGAAAUGUAAUUUUGAUUAUGCCUCAGUUCAUUGAAUAAAACUUAGCUGAA